AUGCCGCUGAACGCAGGAGACACCGGCUACGGCAGCGUGCCAAGCCCCAGGCUGCAGGGCGCCGCGGGCGGCUCUGAGGCGGCCCCGCUGCUCAUCCCGGAGCCGGAGCCAGAGUCCGGCCGGCAGUGGGAGCCCAUGAGCCGGCGGGAGCUGGAAGUGAUCGCCGGUGGCCCUGGGUGGAGGAAAGUGCGGUGUUACCUGGUGCUGCUGUUCUGGUUGACCUGGGUGUCCAUGCUCGCCGUCUCCAUCGCCAUCAUCACGAUCAGCCCCCGGCCGGUGGUGACUCCGCUCCGCUGGUGGCAGAAGUCUCUGUUCUACCAGCUGGAGCCGGAGCUGCUGCUGGAGGCCCGAGGGUCAGAGGGCAUCAGUGCUGUGUGCGAGCAGCUUCCUUUCCUCAGGUCUUUGGGUGUCGGAGCUCUUAUCUUGGAGGGUCUGUUUAAAAGGGAAGCAUCUCCUUUAAACCUCACUGCUGUUGGCAGAAACUUGGAUACAGAGACUCAGAUCCAACAUCUGCUAUUAGACAGCAACAAAGCAGGUGUCAAAGUGGUGUUAGACUUCUGUGAACUGGAUCUGUCGGGACAUCAGGACGCAACAAGAAACUCACACGAGCCGUCAAACUUUUCAGCUUCACAUGCACUCAGGUACUGGUUGGAGAAAGGUGUAGCCGGUUUUGCAAUCUGUGACACCGAUGCAGCAUAUUCAGAAAAGACUCUGCUGGAGUGGAGAGGCAUCUUCAGGGAGUUCAGCACUGAGGAGGAGGAAAGGAUUAUGGUGGUGAAACAGACGGCAGACGUUCUUCGUCCACUGAACAACUCCGGCCAGAUCAACGCCACAAUGGUGGAUGUGGUCAUGAGGUCCAUUCUGCCGUAUUCACAUCACAUCCUGUCCACUCAGGAAGUGGCCGACGCGGUACAGAAACAUCUGCAAACACCAGAGGGAGAUGUGUGGCCCAUUUGGACUGUUGGAGGUAAAGCAUCUCAUGACUUGAAGAAGCUCCUCAUGGUGCUGAUGAUGACUCUGCCAGGAUCGCCUGCGGUCCAUGAACAGAUCAACCAAACACAGGACAAGCGUUCAUCUGCAGCUCUCUUCACCUCCCUGAGCCGCUCCAGAUCCAGAGAAGAAGCUCUCCUGUACGGCAGCUUCACCUUCCUCCCCUUCAACACCUCCUCCACCUCAAACUCCACUUUCUCCUCUCCAUCGUCUCCUCCAGUCCUGGCCUUCCUACGCUCCUGGGGUUGCGUCCAUUUCCUCGUUCUGCUCAACAUCGGCCCUGAGGUUCACCCUCUGGACCCUAACUGGGCCUCGAACCUGCCUGAAGCUGGAGUGUUUGUGACCAGCACAGGGAUGGAUCGCUUGGGCUCUACGUCUCUGUACACACUUCAACUGCAGCCACAUGAAGCCAUCGUGAUCAAACUGUUCAAGGAAGGAAGCUACUCGUAGAGCUUCUGUGGGAUUUGAGUUUUCCUCUCGCAGACAGACAAAUAUCUGGCAUAAU